ACAUGGUUCGCAAACAAUUACCAAAACAAUAACAGCGAUCCGAAUAGUAGUCAAAAUACGUGUGAAGAUCUUAUUCUUACGAGAACCAAUUACCAUACAACUAAAUAGAGUGCGCGCUUCAUUGACUGAUGGGUUUCUAAGAGUUUGCCGCGUUUUGCAUGACCAUCGACCUGGAAUAAUAUUACCACUAUCAUUAACUGUCAGAACGGCAAUUGCUCGUUACUCUUAUAAUUUUUUGACAUCCUGUAUAGCAGUUAAACAUUUAUCCAGCGCCAACUCAACAAGAUCAAGUGCUAACCCAGCAAUGAAACCCGUAUAUCUAACUGGGACUGUAAUCCAUGGACGUGGAAGAGGCGCUAGUGGUCUCGGAUGCCCAACGGCAAACAUUGAUGAAAUUUCUGUAGCUCGAGAUCUACCUAAAGACUUCAAAUAUGGCAUUUAUUACGGGUGGGCAAAAUUAAUGCCAGGAUCGUCUACCGUUGAAGGUACGGGUCAGCUGUUCAAAAUGGCUGCUUCCGUUGGAACGUGUCCAUUUUUCAGGAACGAAUCUCUCUCUGUCGAGGUGCACCUCAUUCACAAGUUUCCUAAAAAUUUUUAUGGGGCGACGCUCAAAGUUGUUUUCUUAGGGUACUUAAGAGGCGAGAAGGACUACAACUCUGUCGACGAGUUAAUCGCAGCAAUCCGAAAAGACAUCGAAGAUGCAAAGGCGGCCCUCGACACAGUCGAAGCGCAGAAGGCAAAAGACGACCCGUUCUUCUCCGACUAACGCGUUUGAUGUUAGUUUCUAGAUCUAAACAGUUCCUGUCCUGCUCCACUGUUUAGGCUAAAUCAAUGAAUAUGGUACUUACAUAUUGUAUACAACGACGCGGUCAGGAUUGAAGUUAUUUUAGUUGUUUCUCGACUAAGUUUCGUUGAAAACGAAAAGAUCUUAGCUGCUGUUCGCCAGCCGCUUACUAUUUAUUGUACUUUCAUGUCUCAUGAUCUGUGUUCAAAGUAUAUAGUUCUAUUAAUUAGACUUUGCGUAUUCAUUUAUAGGCUAAUUGUAUAAUAUAAGCAUAUUUGAAAACAAAGCAUAAUUUUAAAUACACUGCUCCGCUGACUACGUGUUCAGUUACUUCUUAUCAAUUGUAGGUGAUUUAUAUUUAAUACUGCAUCGAUUUUACGAGAGGAACUGCAUGUAUUUAAUUAGUUUUUGCGAGCUAGAACAGCGGAUACGCUUAUAUGUGCAAUUAUAAAGACAAACAAAAAGAUCUGCUUUACCUCUAUAAUUUCUAUCGCCGAUUUAUUGAUUACAGUUUGCCGUUGGGUCACCGCAAUGAUUUCCUGCUAGAUUUUCUGCGAAAUCAGAAAAAUCGAUAGUGGUGGCGGUUAUAAGCAUAAGAAGUGCUACGUGGGUAUAUGAGAAGUUCCGUGUAUAGCAUGACAUCUAAGAAUACUUGUUAAUUAAUAAAUGGAUACUAGGAGCGUUUUAAAGGGUACUGAAAAUAAAUUAACUUCUUAAAAAAAUAAUGGAGUGUUCAUUUUCAUUGGUUAGUUACUUAGGAAGGAUUUAUGAAUAUUUUUGCAAAGUACAUUAUACAAACAAAAAAAAAUCUAUAUCUAAAUUAAAAGAAAGAACAUCUAAACAAACAUAGUGCAUGGUCGUCAUGCAUGGUUGAAACUAUAUUCAAGUCGUACCGUCUGAAACCAUAUUAAAUCGCUAGCGUAAUAUGUAAUUGAACUUGGUCCGUUACAUCCUAGCAAUUUUUAAGUGACAUUGAGUUCAUGCUGUUGAUAGAAGUCUCUUCUGCAUAAAAAAAACUUGAAACAAAAAAAUGAACUAAUAUAUGAAAAAUGGGUAAAAAUUAACAUUUUGUUCA